AUGAGCGCUCCCGUCAAUCGGAAGGAGAAACCAUUCAGUUGCAGCUACUGUGACGCGACCUUCACUCGUAAGGAUGUGAUUAAGAGACACGAGUUCCGGUAUCAUCAAGAUGUCCUUGGGGCGGUUGGUGCAACAGCCGCUGCUUCUUUGCCACUAUCUCUGCAAUCAGGAUCACCAAGAAAUAUCGGACCUCAGAAGCAUCUAGGAAGGGAGAUUGCGGCAUCCGUCCCCAGUUACUCUCAGGGAGAGAAUCCCGCAGAUUUGGACCUUGGCAUUCACGGUGGCCAGGCUCAGGACCUGUUCAUGGAUUGCUACGUGAUCGAUGCUUUCUUCCCGAGCUUGAACCCUCUGCCUAUGCCGGGCAAGUCAUACACAGACAGUCUUUCUAGUCGUAUCAGCAGAUCGUCUCAUUGCCUCGCCUGUCCACCACUAGCCUCGUCUUCUUGGAGAGGCUCGUUCGAAUUUUCGGAGACGAAACGAGAUCAAGUGUACACGGAAACAAAAGAUGCGAUUGGAGUGGCCGGAGCCCGACCCAUAUCAGACUUUCCGUCCUGCUUGAGAUUCGAAAGGUAUAUAGUGACAUUCUUUGAAUGUUUCCUGGACUACCUUCCCUUUAUCCAUGUCCCGACCUGGCAAUCCGAAAAGGCACCUCCCUGUCUCCUUCUAGCUAUGGCCGCGAUUGGUGCCGCGUGUCACGAGGAACAUGAUACUGCUCAUGCCAUAUGCCAGGCUGCGAGAGGCUCGGUCUCCAGAUAUCUAGAGGCAAACCGCAUGUCUUGGGAUCACCCUGUCUGGGUGACACAGGCCCUAUUAAUCACAAUGUCAUAUUGCGUUCGUAGCGGGGAUCCUGAGCUGUUCCGUUGGGCUUUAUCGUACGCUUCAUGUCUAGCCAAUAUCAUUCAAUAUAGCCCAUCCCUGAGCCAGUAUUGUGCAGUGGAUAACGACGUGUCUGAGCCAUGGGACAUAUGGAUUGCGCAAGAGACGAUAGUCCGAACCCGAUGGGCCGGAUAUAUAUCUUUGCAAGUUCUGAGCGUCUGCUUCGACGUUGCGCCGGCACUCUCAAGCCGGGAGUUUAAGGAUCUCCGCCUGCCUUGCAACGAAUCAACAUGGACUAGUGCAACUUCGGGACUAUGGCUGAAGGAGGGAACGGAUGGUUGCGAGGGCGUUCUCUGUCUGGGAACCGCGCUGGAUGCUGUGCUGUCCCCCUCACUGCUGCAGGGGAACACCAUCAGCGUCUUCGGCGCCUCCGUCUUGCUACACGUAAUCGUGGAGAAUAUCUGGUCGUUAAAACGAAAUGCCUUGCUUGAUCCAACCCACGUCACGAGUUGCCUACAGAAAGCGUGCGGAGCGCUGGAGAGUUGGCGUGCCUGCUGGGAAGGGAACGUGGAAUCGUCAGUAUCACCGCGGAACCCGCACAACGCAGUGACUGCCAACCCGGCAGCGUUACUUCGUCUGGGCUACAUGUGGCUCGGGGCCGAUUUCUCGUCUGUACGCGCUGCAGUUGUCUCACACGAUCCGGGAAAGAUUGCGCAACGCUUCAAGCAGUUGGUCAUCCCUAUGAGUCGGUCGGAUUUCACGUUGAAAAUAGCUACGCACGCAAUCGGUGCGCUAAAGAUGCGAGUCAAGUUAGGGAUGUCCUUCGAAAAGCUGCGGCUGGGCUGUUUCCAGAGCUUUGAGGUUCAUAUGUUCUCCUUGGAGUGUUGUCUAUUCUCCAGUGCAUGGAUGAAGGAGAUGCAGAAUCUCCCCGAGCCCGAGAGGACUCCAGAUGAGAGCCAACAGAUCCAGUUGCUUCAAUCGAUCCUGUCUGAAGUGGGUCUUUCUGACGUCCAUAACUACAAGCCCGACUCUGUACGAUUAGUGUAUGCUUGGGCGUUGAUCUUGGAACGUCGGUCUGUGUGGAAACUGCAGGCGAUAGUAGCCGACGCCCUUUUCCAAGCCUCGGCAGUGGAGUUCUACCAUAUUGAUAGCGUGAUUCAAGUGUCCAAAUUUCCGGCAAUGUCUUCCAGCACUAGCGUCCACGCUCAAAAAUUGAUCAGACUACCCCCCGCGUCCGGUUUGAGAGACCUCCAGCCGGUGCCCGUUUACGACGUGACGAAGUUCCCCGAUACGCGAACCCAGAAGCUGCGAAGCCUCCUUGAGCAAGGCCAUGUCACGGUUGCGCCGCUGCGUGACCCAGAGCUGAUCCUGCAUAGUCACUUGCCGCAUCUCCUUGGGUCUGCGUAUACGCUGGGUGCCAACAGCGACCAGUUGACGAGGACAUAUGAACAUGAAAUUACCCAGUUGGUUCCCAUCGCCCGAGGGUUCAUCCGAGGCGAGGCCAUUUCCAAGGAAAAUUGGCGGGAUUUUCUGACUCGUAAAGAGUACACCGUGGCAUAUCAGGAAUUCUUCGAUAAAGAAGUGGAGAAGAAACAGGGAGACUGGGGAAAGGUGCUUGAAGAAUAUCUCUACUCUGGCCCGGCGCCACUCGUGAACGGCUAUACUGGAGGCUUGGGCCAUCCGUUUAUCCAUCUCGCCUACGCGUACGAGUUCCGUAGCAAGGAGGUAGCGACGCAAGCCCUCAGUCAGGGGUGCACGGAGUACAAUCCUCUGCAUACUUUCCUUGACCAGGCGCCUCCUGACUCGUCCAAGUAUAAAACUACCUCCCUGGCCGAGAUCUUCGAGAAGGUGCGACAGGAUGGACGACUGGAGGGCCUAUUCAACGAGCCUGGAAUCAACAACCUCGAACUCCUUUCCCAGGAGCAGAAUCUUGCCUUGGAAGAAUGCUGCGACCUAGCCGUUCUGCUCGCCCUGAGCAAUGGGAACUCACGGGACUCUUUUGACUUUUUCAAUGUUCACAUCAUGACAGUUGCCCACGCUUUGCGAGUGUUGUGGCAUUAUUUCCCCCCGGACCGCCGCGUCUCGAUCUUGAAGCAGUAUGCGCUCUUCGGAAUCAUGACCUAUAUCUGCCAGCUCCGGCCCCGCUUCUCCCUCGACUGGAUCGAAGCCGUCAAAUUAGAUGGCCGCGACUGGAAUUGGGUCCUUGAUACUGCAUUGGUGCACAAGUGGGCUCUGGAUGCCCACUUCUUCAAAGUGGCCCGCGGGCCGAAAGUCUUCGAGGAGACCUUUGGUCGCAAGGACGACUUUUACCUAAAGGCAGCCAUCAAAUAUGUGACUGAAUUCUGCGGCUGGGAGGGUUAUGGCCAGGGCGUUGCGGGUUUCAUUCCGAGCCGAGACGGAUAUAGACCUGAGUGA